UGGAAAAAUCAGUCUAUUUUCAACUGCCCGCUGAGGUUGUGGGUUGAUCGAUGCGUGGCUGCGGGGUGUGCGUGAUUAUUGGUGAUCAUUGGAGGUUUUUAGAAUUUCAAAUUCAGCGCGGGAUAGUUAUUCAGUGCUAGCUAUUGGUAGUGAGUGGAACGUUGCAUUUUAAGGCAUAAGUAAUAAGUAUAACCAGUGUGAAUAAAGUGAAGAACCAAAGUUAAGUGUGAUCAAAAUGUUGGAAAUGAAUGUUAAAUGCACGUGCUUGCUGGUAGUGGCAUUAUUGAUGAUCGCGAAAGCGGAUGCUCUCAAAUGUUACCGUUGUAACAGCUACGAUAAGAUCGACUGCCUGGACGAGUCUGACUCAAAUAACGACACGAGAAACUCGACGAAGCUGCGACCGUUCCUGCACGAAUGUGAACCGGACCCGACAGGGCAGAAUCGGGAACCGUUCUGUCGCAAGAUUUCCGUUACCAUUAUGAAACCCAAACACCACCGGGUGAUUCGGGAUUGUGGCUACGAAAGGUCACAUUUAGACUGCUAUGUGGCAGACAAUGACGGCCAUCUGGAGACGGUUUGCCAAUGCUGGUCCGAUCAAUGUAACGGAGCUGAGCGACUAACGAGCGGAGUGGCGCUGGGGUUGGCGGUCAUGGUCGCCAUAUUAAGAUUAGUUGUUUGAUAAGGACUUUGACGUGGAUAUUAUUGGGAUACGUGUUUGCUAUUGUGUACUUAUACUCUGGAAAUAUAAAGACUUUUAUGUGUUGUAA